CGCACGAUAGCUACUGUAGGAUUGUUUUACAACUUGCAAAUCGAAUUAUCUAUCGUCGAUGGUAUUAUCAUUGUAGGCCAAACUGGUUCUUCGGGGGUGCAUCGUCGUCAUCAACGUUAACAAGGAUCACGGACGAUCGAGUGUCGCCGCUGGGAACGAUGCGUAAACGGCAAAUUGAUACGUUGAAAAUUUUUAAUCACAACGUGCAGGAAGUUGUAGAGAAUGAGGAAUAUUUGGUAAACUUUGACUGUGGAGGCCGAGAAAUCGCCAUCAACAUACUCCUUGGGAAUGGGUUCCCAAACGAGAAGCCAAAGCUAAUUGUCAGUCCAAUUUUAAAGCACCCAUGGGUUAAUGCAACUACCGGUGAAAUUGAAAAUGCUCCUGGAAUACUUAACUACACCAUCCAUUCCGACCUGGGUCGCGUAGUGCAGGCAGUGGGAAGAGAGUUUGAAAAACAUCCACCGAUGUUCGUUAAUGAAACAUCAUCAACACCGCAACAUCAUUCCCACCAACAAUCAUCUUCAAUGCAGCAACAAUGCCGAAACGGAAACAUUCAUGACUUCAAUGCCGAGAGCCGCUCCGCCGUCCCGGCCCAGGCUACCCAUGAGCAGGACCCGUUCGGUUUGCAAAAUCUCACCACCGAAGAGCUGAACCAGCUCAAUGCGGACGAAGACUAUCUGGAAGAUUUCGUCGAGAAACUUCCCUUCGUGCAGCAUCAGAACGAUGAGAUGGACCAACUGAUGGGGCGCAUUGAAUCGCUCGUUUUGGACAAUCUGGCCCGCAAGGAGACGGUCGAGGAGCAGAAGCUAAAAUUGGAAUCGUUAGCGCUCGAGUUCAAGGAACUGGGCCAGCACUGGGAUUCCAUGAGUCAGCAGUAUCAGCGAAAGGCGGAAGAUUUCUCGCCCCAGCACAUCAAGGAACUGCUGCAGAUUGCCGUGUCAACGGCGGACGCAAAGAGCGAUGACGAGGCGCAACGAUUUCUGGCUGGCAAUAGUGACGUUAGUACCUUUUUGCAAAACUUCAUCGAAACACGCAAACUCUACACGCUGCGUAAGGCCAAAGAGGAACGGCUCGUAGAGCAGCUGACGGCACUGGAACGUGCCGCCUUUUGAAGCUGCUCGAUGAUGAAUGCCGAAAUGAGAAAUGAAAAGUUGUGAUAAACAUGGAUAAUGCUGUAUUCCUUAUAUUAGCCACGUACUAUUGUAAUAAAAAAAUCCUGUCAUCAGUAAAUGAAAGAAGUGCUGUUGGACGUACUACAACCCGUGCUUUCCUUCCUACAACUCUUCUACAGCGCAGACUCGUUCCGCACAGCAGCGUUCGUUUUUCCUUCCCAUACAAAGGAAGCUCAACUCGUGGUACAAACUUUAGCCACAUGGCAUUCCGCCGUACCAGCGCCACGGGGAGCGUACGCAACAGUGUUGUUGAACACGGUUAUCCGCAGCGGAUUACAUCCGAGGACGAACACCAAUGCGUUAGGCAUGUUCGGUAAUGUUAACAAACUUGUUCCCUGGUGAGAGCUACUCACGGUCAGUGGCACAAUUGCGCCACUAAGCCAACCUU